GAGGCAAAACUCGAUAACGAAAGAAAAUUCAAGACUCUCCUCAACGACCGGCAGUUUCUUCCAAGAAGCGAGAGAAGAAAAAGAAAAACCCUAGAUUUCUGCAAGUGAAGAAACCUCACUUGCGGAAAUCCAGAUCGAGAAACACUAAUUCCUGUAAAUCCAAUGGCUGAUCUCCUGCUUCCGAUCAUCACCACCUUCAUCUUCAUCUCAAUCCCGCUUUCGUCUUCUCUUCCUUUCAUCGUAUUACACGGUAUUGGAGACCAAUGCUCUAAUCGAGGAGUUUCACAGUUCACUAAACAUCUAAGCGACUGGUCUGGCUCUAAAGGAUAUUGCAUAGAAAUUGGAGAUGGAUCCUGGGAUUCCUGGGUAAAGCCACUUGCGGAACAGACGGAAAUUGUGUGCGAAAAGGUGAAGGAAAUGAAAGAACUCAGUGGAGGUUUCAACAUAGUUGGACUUUCCCAGGGUAACCUGAUAGGUCGAGGAGUAAUCGAAUUUUGUGACGGAGCACCUCCUGUUAAAAAUUUAAUCUCAGUUGGAGGUCCUCAUGCUGGUACUGCUUCUGUGCCACUUUGUGGAUCUGGUAUUAUAUGCAUUAUUGUGGACAAUUUAAUCAAGUCGCAAAUCUACACCGACUUUGUGCAGUCUCACUUGGCUCCCAGUGGUUAUCUUAAGAUUCCAACUGAUAUCCCUGCUUAUUUAGAAGGAUGCAGGUUUCUUCCAAAGCUUAACAACGAACGUCCCAAUGAGAGGAAUUCCACUUACAAGGAAAGGUUCAGUAGCUUACAGACCUUGGUUCUUAUCAUGUUUGAGCAUGACACGGUUUUGAUUCCUAAGCAAACAUCCUGGUUUGGGUAUUAUCCAGACGGAUCCUUCAGCACAGUUUUACCCCCGCAGCAGACUAAACUCUAUGUCGAAGAUUGGAUUGGAUUGAAAACCUUGGACGAUGCUGGAAGGGUUAAAUUCAUUAAUGUGUCAGGAAACCAUCUGGGAAUCUCUCAAAGUGAUAUGAAAAAGCAUAUCGUGCCCUACUUGGAGGACCAGGAGCAGGCAAUGAUCAUUCAGAAACCGUCCAAUUCUCAGUGGGCCUCAUCCAUCUGGGAUCUCAUGUUGGAAUUAAUUGGGAUUCGUGAGACUGAGCCUGGAUUGCACUCUCGGACCUGAUCCAACUGUUUAAUGCUAUCUAUUUUAACCAUGGCAUUGCUGUUCCCUGUAUAUCUGCAGUAAUUACUAUUAUCCAAACCAGUUGAAUAUCUACGUUAUUGGUGUUUUGCUCGAAGUAUGGCAGCGUGAUGGCCAUAAACAUCUGAGUUCCAUGCUUUUCCACAGGUCCCUGUCUGUCAGUUGCAUCAAGCUUCGAUCAUAACCAUGAAGGCGGCUUUGUAUUUGUACAAAUACGUUUCAGAACACAAUGGUAGGCAAGUUCUAUUUUAGUUACAUCUUGUUUUUAGGCAA